AAAUUAUUAUUUGUAGGCCGGAUCCCGAGAUUGGAUUGGUCGGAUUAAGUCCUGUACUGCAUGUACAUCAACAAAUAAUAGAGAAUAGACUUCCUAAAGAUUUUACGUACAGAGGUUUGGUUGGUCCCUGGAUGCAGGUUGAUAUAUUGAGGAUUAUUUCAAAAUUUAAUAAAAUUAUCAACACAAACUCAAACAUUCAAACUUCAAUAAGUAAAAUUGUGGAGAAAUAUCUGGAUGAAGAGUUUAGUAAAGAAUUGAUAAACCAGGUUCUGCUAGCCCAGGCUAUACUGCUGGUUAGCGCGCUAGACUCAACUCAACAUUUUAGCACACGCGCACUCAAGCACGUUAGCAGGUUCCUUCAGAGUAAACAAAACCAUGUCAAGCACACUGGACUCAGUCUUCUAGAAACUAUCUUCAGAAGAAACCCGCCUGAACUGACAGAAACCCAGGAGGCAAAUGUUCUCUUCUGUUUAGAGCAUCCUGACCCUGCAAUUCAGAACAAAACUUUUGACAUUCUUAUCCUCAUAGCGAACAGUGAUAAUCUGAAGAAGUUAGUGGAAUCUGUGCUUAAUUUUCUUAAACGGUCAAAUAAAAACAAUUCAGAGCCUAGAGCAGCAGUAUAUACUAAACUACAGAAGGAUUCUAGUUUAGAGAACUCACAAGCAUUCAUAAUUCGUCUUUAUUCAGUUAUUGACAAAUAUUCACAGGAUUUGGAUUGGAAAACUAGCUCAAUUUUAAGAUUAGUUCAGUGUAGUAAAGGGGCUACAAAAGAUAUAAUGGUUGAGAAUUUGAAGUAUAUUCUCUCACCCCAAACCAAGAUUAUCCAGGACUCUGACACCGAAAAAGAAUUGGACAGUGUUAGGAAGAAGAUUUCCAAACUAUUGAAUAAUUUAGUAAGGAGUGGAGUAAGGAAUCCCGUAGUCCUGGAACUAUUGGUUUGGACAAAGGCAGAGUUUGUACUCCAGGAAAAUGUCCAGGAAACUACAGACGUUAUCCUUGGAUAUAUCGGAGAACUGAGUUCUGACCCUGUGUUUGUGAGUCAUGUAAUUACUGCUGUUCUCAAUAUAAAGCUGAAGACAGGGAUAAUACUAGAGACAGGAUACCAGUUCAUUAAUCAACAAAUGUACUCGGAGGAUAAAACUCUGAGGACGAAAGCAAGAAGAUGUGUUAAACUUAUGGAAAGUUUGGAUGCCGCAAACAAUUCUGAAGUGUGCGUGGAUGCCGCAAAUCUUACCGAAGACGAGGAUAUAAAUCUAGGAAAGCAAGGGAUUCUUGAGUUGGGAAGACAAGAUGGCGACAAGAUGGAUUUUACGCUGAGUUUCCUAGACGAAUUAAUUUAUAAAGACAUGUGUCAGGGCGGAUCCCCGUAUCUUCCGUCAUUAUUUCGGACUCCGGAGAUAAAACCUCCGAUGGAAGAACGACCUCUGAUAACCUCCUACUCUAAACUACGCCAGGAUACAGUUGGAUCAAAUAGAACCCUGAGUUCUAAUUCUCCUACACCCCCUUCUUCUACUCCUCUACAAACCAAUAGACUUUGGACAGCAGAGGGUAGACUACCAGAUCUACCAGUAGAGGGUCUUCUAUCCGGUGAUGUGGGAGAUCAAUCUAUAAACAAAUCAACAGAUGUAAAACUUAAAGAAGAGAAAGCUAUAGAUCCUCUCUAUGAGGGCUGGUGACCACUCUGCUCUACAGUUU